CAGCGGGAAUGGGAAAGAGGAGGAGGAUGGUGAGAGUAGCAGGGCAGAGGAAGGCACCAAGAAGGCCAAUGGGGCUGACCCUUGGGAUUUCAGGGGGAGUGGGUGUCGAGGGGAGGAGGAGGAGGAGGACGAGGGGGACCAGGAGGAGGACGAGAAGGAGGACGAGGAGGACGAGGGGGACGAGGAGGAGGACGAGGACGAGGACGAGGAGUAGGAGUAGGAGGAGUAGGAGGAGGAGGAGGAGGGUGGUUCCGCCACCCACAACGGACUACUCGUGACUUGGGGUGACGAGGAGAGAAAUGCGGACUUGGGACGAGAAGGUACUAGGAAGCGGGUAUUGCGUGAGCGUGAGGUGUACGGAAAGGGGAGAAGAAAGAGAGAAGAUUGGUGGAAAGUAAG